AUGGCACCAUUCGAAACUAAGAUGAAAUCCCUUCAACGAGGACCAAAAUCUAUCUUGACCAAUGCCGCCGACAAUGAUCGAAGGUCACCAGUUCCCAGACAGAAAUUUGUUCACUUUGCUUCUAGAGCUAUUGACAACGAAAACAAUGAAUUUGAGAAGAAAACAAAUGAUGAAAAACAGAAGAGACAUGCCACCGCCUUCAAUAUUAUGAACAAUUCGAAGAGAAACCGAAUUACUUCAUCGUCAGAACUGAAUAAGGCAAGUUCGUCCCGCAGCACCCUCGGCUCGACCCAAAUUAAAUCACCCCAUCGCACGAUCCGUGAGAAACCAAGUGAACGACGUAGCGGAAUGAAACUUGAGAUCCAGAAUAGUACUUCAUCCCAAGGUCGUCAAUUUAAGCGUCCUGCACCCAGUACUACAGCUCAAUACAUUCCUCGCGUCCCGAGCCCUCCAAUGAACCGAGUUCCACCACCAACCCCUCGCCCUACACGAUUGCCUACACCAGAUCUUGAGGAUCCUUGCGGUUAUCCUCUCAAUUUCUGUGACUGUCUCGGAUGCUAUGAGGCUGGGAUGUUAGAGCGUGGAGUUGAAAGUAGGAGAGAGGUAUUGGCUUAUUCGAAAAUGGAAAAUCAAUAUCAGGCAGCAACUGCCUACAUAAGAGAUAGGAGGCUAGUGGAGAGAGGGCAAGGGCCAGACCUUGUUGUCGUGCCCAGAGAGGAUUCCCACAGAUGCAACUUAAUGGGCAUGGGAUACCCUCGAAAUUUUGCCAUCGGUGCUUUAAAAGCGUAG